GACCACGACCCUUGAACGAAGCAGCAAAUAUUUCAUCGUUCAAACGUCGUGGGCGUUCAACCCACUCUCCUCCCGACUUCACUUUGUCUCUAACCACCCUACCUCACUUUCUCUCUCUAACGAACCUGCCUUGUUUUCUCUCUCCUCUCGAUACUCUAUCUCUAUUGCUUCGAUAACUGGUUAUGAUGAAAUGUAGAGAGAGAGAGAGAGAGAGGGGUGAGAUGAGAUGAGAUGAGAUGAGUUCUCGCUCUAGGUCUUCAAUGGAUGGCGACCAAAGAGAGAAGUUACGAAAUCGGCUGCGCACUUUCUCUCUCCUCAAAAUCUGCAUGUUCAGAUUCCCCUGCCCACGAGGUCUGCAUCCCUGCACUCCUCUUUUCUAUUUCAGGCACUAUCAUAUCAUUUAUCUUUUGCCUCUUUCACGAGCAUUGUUCAUGUCCUAGAGAGAAACACAGUAGAGAGAGAAAGAGGAGAUGGGCUGCAGUGCUUCCAAGGUAGAUGAUUUGCAGGUGGUGACGCUUUGUAGAGAGAGAAAGGAGUUGGUUAGAUCCGCUGUUGAUCAUAGAUACGCCAUGGCCGCUGCUCACUUGUCUUAUAUUGGGUCUCUUACGAGCAUGGGGGCGGCUCUCCAUCGCUUUGCUGAUCAGGAAACGUUUUCUCUCUCUUCCCCUCCCUCUUCUCCCCUUCUCACUCUACCCUCAGAGGGUAAGAGAAAGAGUGAUUCUCAACCCAACAACUCCUCGUCCACCUCCAUUUCUCACUCUGCGAAUUCCCCCCAUCCUUCUCACCUUCAUCUCUCCUCCUCCCCUUCUGAAUCCGAAGUUGAGAAACCGACCCCCAAAACCCACGACUCCCCUCCCUCUCCUUCCAAAACGAGCCAACAUGGUUCUCUGGCUUCGAGCCCUGUGUACAACUACAGUAGUUCUCCGGUUUGGAGCCCUGUGUACAACUACAUGAGGUCUGGUACUGCUAUCCCCUCCAUUGUAUUUGAUGAAAGGGCUCGAUCGCCUGAUCAGGUUCGAUGGGGCGAUCCUUCCUCUGGUUAUUCGAAUGCGAGCUUCUUUGGGGCCCCUGAAAUUGAAAGGGUUCCUUCACCGCCAUCACCUCCAAGGACUUCAGCUUGGGACUUUUUUAAUCCUUUCCAAUCAUCUUCAGAUGACCUGUACCCCUACUAUUCUCAAAGAGGUGGCUUUGGGGUCGGUUCAGAGAGCAGCUUGGAUUCAAAGGAAGUGAGAGAAAAAGAGGGGAUUCCUGAUUUGGAAGAUGAAGCUGAGCAGUCCUCUUAUGAGAGAGAAACACGAGAUCCAGACGAGAAGUUUGAGGACGCAGAAGAUAGGGAGUUGGGUUGGGAUGAUUCAGAGGCAGCAACAGCGAAGAGCCAGAGCCAUAUGGUUGACAAACCUGAACUGGGAGAGGGGGAAAGAGGCAGCAGCAAAAGUCGGCAUGGAAGCAAGGAAGUGGAGAAUUCGAUGGACGAGGUGGUUUCGACUGAGCAUGGGGAGGUUUCACAAAAGAAUAGUGUGGCCACAUUGUCGGUCGGGGCCAAACGAGAUAUGGAGGAGGUUGUGAAAGAGAUCAAAGUUCAGUUUGAGAGUGCAUCUGAUUCUGGUAAGGAGGUCUCUAUGUUGCUCGAGGCUGGCAAGCAGCGUUAUCUCCCUAGAAGUACCAUACUUAAAGUUAUUUCUGCCAGGAUUUUGAAUGCUGCAUUUUUUCCCAUGUUGCCAUCUUCCCGUCCUCCUUCUAAACGUUCAACAUUUGUAUAUUCAAGAGCAAAGAAAAUGGAUAACAUGAUCCAUGGAGAUUUAAGGGAAGAGUUUGGAAUGAUAUCUAUUAACUUGUCAUUCACAUUGGAAAAGCUAUAUGCAUGGGAAAAGAAGCUCUAUGAGGAAGUUAAGGAUGAGGAGAAGAUGCGGAUAAUUUAUGAAAAGAAGUGCAAGCGUCUGAAGGUUUUGGAUGACAAAGGAGCAGAACAAGAUAAGGUUGAUACCGUUCAAACUUCGAUAAAAAAGUUAUCCAUGAAACUAGACAUAGCUAUUAAAGCUAUUGACACUAUAUCAAAUAAGAUACAUAAGUUAAGAGAUGAGGAGUUGCAGCCCCAACUUACUGAAUUAAUUCAAGGGUUGAGGAGAAUGUGGAAGGUCAUGUUUGAAUGCCACCAAAAGCAGUGCCAGGCCAUAGCACAGGGUAAAGCUGUGAAUAUUCUCUUUGCAAACAAUCAAACGAAACCAACAAAGUCACGAAUGAAGCUAACACUUGAACUCGAGUUGGAGAUCCUGAAUUGGUGUUCCAGCUUUCACAACUGGGUCAAUGCUCACAAGGCCUAUGUAGAGGUCAUGUAUGGGUGGCUAUUGAGGUGCCUUGUUCAUGUGCCUGAAGAGACACCUGAUGGACCCAUUCCUUUCUCUCCAAGCCGGAUGGGAGCUCCACCUGUUUUUGUGAUAUGCAAUGACUGGUUUCAAGUAAUGGCUAGCGUAUCAGAGGAUGAAGUGACAGAAGCCAUAAAUGCAUUUGCUAAUAGCAUGCAUGAAUUGUGGGAAUUGCAUGGGGAGGAGCUGCGCCAAAGGCUCAAGACGGAGUACCUUUCUAAGGAUCUCAAUAAGAGGCUCAAACAUUUGCAAAAGGAGGAAAGCAAGAUGGUUGUGUCGUUCUCUUCAGGAGAGGGUGGGGAUUCUUUGCAUGAGAGGAAGGUGGCAUUGCAGUCAAUGAAGAAGAGGUUGGAAGAGGAGAAUGCCAAGCAUGCAGAGAUAGUGAAGAGGAUACGAACUUCGACAUUUGGUAAUCUGCAAGUGGGGUUGAAGCGGAUAUUUGAGGCAAUGGUGAACUUCACUUCCUCGACAUUGAAGGGUUUUGAGCAGCUUCGAACCCCCAAAAUGGGAGAAACAUAGACAUACAUCUUUUAUGCUUUUCUCUAGUAAUGACUUCUUGUGGUGAAAUCACUGCUGUAGAGCUCAUUGGGCUGGCUCAUGGAGAAGAUUAUGAAUCAGGAAGGGUAUGAUUAAUGUGCUAAGGCUUUUCUAGUGUUAUGAUGCCCCACUUGGAGCAAGUACUCUCAAAUCUUGUGAAUUAGUCAUGAGUUUGAGUGGGCUGCUUCUCAUUGAUGGAUGUCUCUUCUCCAAGGCGAACCUGUUGGAUAUCUUAUGGCGGACCUGUACAUAAUACCUUGAUUCGUUGAUUCUUUGAUUGGUUUACAAGGGUGGUCCUUCUAUUUGUGUAGUGGAAUUUUCUUAGAGUAGUGUUGAGGAUGAAAGAGCAAUUUUGGAGUGUAUGCAGCCCUCGAUUUGGCUAAAACAAUAGGUUUGGAAGCAAGUGAUGAAGAGUGCUAAAAAGGGUACAUGUGCUGGAGUGCAUGAUAGACAAGACAGAGGCAGCUUAUAAAAUCUUAAAAUCGUUUGUUCUUUAUUUGUGGUUGCUUAAAUAUCUGGUGUAGCUCUGAGGCAUUUGGAAAAGAAGAGUAGAUAUAACUUGUACCAAA